CGGGAGGCGGGGCGGAGAGGAGCGGAGGGGAGAGGAAAGAGGCCCCGGGCGGGGAGGACCGUUAAACGCCAGAUGUUUGGCAGCGGCUGCGGAGGAAGUCGCUGCCGGAGCCCUGAGUCCAGCCCGAGCAGCCCCGGAGCAGGCAGGGCCGCGCCAUGGCCCGCCCGGCUCCCCCGGCAGUACCGCCGCCUCCGGGGCCGCUGGCCCGAGGCUCGCUCAGCCUCCACCGCGCCUACCUGCGGAGCCCGCUGGGCCUGCUGCGCCUCGGGCAGCUGGCGCUGGGCGCUGCCUUCUGGGUGACGGUGGCGGCUCACAAGUACGAGGGGGCGGCCCACUUCGCACUCUUCGCCGCCGUUCUGGUCUGGCUCCUCACCCUGGCCCUCUUCGGGCUGAGCCUGCUGGGGCGCUGGACCCUGGUGCCCUGGCUGGGCUCCCGCUGGCUCCUCACCAACCUGGUGCACGACCUGGCCCUGGGAGUGGGGCUCUACGCGGCUGCCACCGGCAUAAUGGGCUACAAGGCUGGGCGGAAAAGCUACUGCAACCUGCCGGGCUACAGCCAGCAUUGCCUCUACGGUGCCUACCUGAGUGCCUCUGUCUGCGGGGGCAUCGCCGCCUGCCUGUACCUCUUCUCUGGGCUCUACUGCCUGUCACGACGCUGCCGGGAUGAGCGCGACAUCAUCUGAGACCCCACAGCACUCUCCUUCUCCUCGCCUGCGGAUGGAGCGCAGCACCCCUCUGGGACAAAGUGACCCUGAUGCCCCAUCCCCUCCUAGCUGACUGCACCAUGCUUCCUCCGGAGACUCCUGCACAGACGGGUGGACAGACAGAGGCCUUCCCCAAGCAUGGCUUCUCCUGCAUCACACCAAGACAAUGUGGAGCUCCAGCCACUGCACAGGCCCUUCUCCCAGCCCUGUACAGAUGUUGGCUAUUGCAAGUGGAACGACCCAAGUGGAGAGUCCCUCAGAAGGACACCAGUUUCUGGGAGCACUCCAGGGCCCCUGCCCAACUCCCCUGCCCCCAGCCUUACAGAUGCUGCAUGCUCAGGUGGGUGCUGACCUAUCCCUGGGGCAGAAGGGACUGGCCUGGGGGCGCUGGGCAGGGGGCUGUAGUGGGAUUGGGUAGGUAGACCUGCCUCCCAUACAGCCUUCCAGCAGCCCCUUCUCACCAUUCCCAACUGCACGGCGCCUCUGCAAUUCUCUAAUGGAGGCCCUGAUCUCGGCUUCCCCAGCCCGGGCCCCUCCUCCUGUCUGGCCUGGAUAUGUCUCCCGUCUUGCUAGAGCCCCACGGGGUUCAGCCCAUCCUGCUCUGCACUCGGGGGGUGUGGGGACACCCAGGUCCUGCACAGCCUGACCCACUGUCACCCCAGAGCCUCGACACACUGUCCUGCUUGGGGCUGAGCCCGCACAGGACAGCACGGCCUCCAUCGCUGCCGGGUGAGGGGAAGGGUGAGCAAGGCCAUUGCCUGGUCCAGCCCUGGGGUUCAUACUGCCCCAGGAUGGGGACAGAUGCCCCUGGGGUUGAAGGGAGCAGGGCACAGGGUCGUUCUCUCCCCCUGCCCUCCUGCAGUGAGGUUCAUGGCUCUGAGCCACCAGGGCCCAGCUGCUCCAAACAGGACAGGCACAGCCUCACCAGCGGCACUCAAGACUGGCCUGCAGCCCUGCCUGGCUCCCCACUUGGUUUAUCAUUCCAGAAAACUCCUCUCGGGACAAUCUGGCUCCAUUUUGGGCCCUGAACUGCCUGGAGACCAUGGCGAGGAAGAGGAGCAGGGUGAGCACAGCAGCAUGGCAGCAUUGGACUGCUGCUGGUACUGUGGCUGUGGGUGAGCUGGGGCUGGGCACUGUGGGGGCACGGCCUGCCCUGGGCAACAGAAGAGGAUGCCAGCAGCGGGCCAGCCCAGCCCUGGAUCAGCCUCCGCAGCCCACUGGGUGCCAAGCUCUGAGGAGGCCCUGUGGGGUUGGCUGGAGUGAUGGGCAGCCAGUGACUGGGAACUUCUGGAGGAGCAGCACACUGAGGCUGCCUGGCCAUAAGCCCUCCUCACCCUGCCUGGGGGCAGGUCCUCUCUGUUGCUCCUGGUGUGAGGGAUGAUCUGCCCCAGUCUCUUCAUAGGCUGAGAUCGGUGGGAUGGGUGUUCCUUACAGUCGGUUCCCUGGCCACAGACUCUGGGUGUUGUCUGGGCCUCCCUGGUGCCUUUUCUGGAGUGGAGAGCAGCAGUUGUGAUCCUCCUGGGGCUUGGGAGGGUCUGGGGUUGGUGCUGGGUCACCACUUCCAUCAUGAGGGGCUGUCCCAGCUGAUCCACGCUCAUGCUGUGGGCUCUGCCAGCCCCCAGGCCACCUGCCCCUUUCCUGGGCAGAAUGUUCUGUCCCCUCCCUGUGUCAGGGCCGGUCCCUGACACCUCCUGCCUCUUGUCUGCUCUGGUGCAGCCCCUGGCUCAUGCUGCCCAAGGUGUCCAGCAGGGCUUCUGCCACCACAAGUGCCUUUCCCUGCCUGUCACGCCAGCUCUGUCCCCCCUCCAGCCCCCUCCACAGUGCCUAUGGAUUCACCUUCCAAAUAAAGCAUCACUGGCGCUCA